CUUUCCUAACCUAUCUUUUAAUUAAUAGUUACAUCCACGUGAUGUAUUAAAAUAUAUUUUGUUCUUUUAAUUUAUUAUUAUUGUAUAUAAAUAUUGAAAAUUAAUAUAACAAAUUUUAAAAAAUGGCGAAAUUUUGUCUAAAGAAACCGAGCAAACGAAUGCCAGCUCGAAAAAGAUAUAAAAUUGAGAAAAAAGUUCGAGAACACAAUAGGAAGUUAAGAAAAGAAGCAAAGAAACAUCCUAAAAACAAACCAAAAAUAAUUGAAGUUCCGAAUCAAUGUCCCUUUAAGGAAGAUAUUCUUAAAGAAGUAGAAGCUAUGAGAAAACAACACGAAGAAGAGAAGCAAAAGCAACGUGAAGCUGCACGUCAAAAAAAACAAGAAGAACUUGCUAAAACAGGUCUGCAAGGAUUAAUUUCAGCCGCAGAGAAUAAACAACAGCAACAUCAAGAGAUGGAAAUAGAUACUCCACAUGAAAAAAUAAAAGAUGCAUUAACUAAAGAGGAAAAUUCAUUAAAAGCUUAUUACAAAGAAUUCAAAAAAGUUUUAGAUGCAGCUGAUGUUAUUCUUGAAGUUGUUGAUGCUAGAGAUCCUUUAGGAACUAGAUGUAAACAGGUUGAAGAAGCUGUACAAUCUGCAAGGAAUAAAAGAUUGGUAAUAGUUUUAAAUAAAGCAGAUUUAGUACCCAGAGAAAAUUUAGAUCAAUGGUUAAAAUAUUUACGUAGUAGUUUACCAGCUGUAGCAUUUAAAGCCUCCACUCAAGAUCAAGCUAAGAGAUUGGGUAGAAGAAAAUUAGGAAAAAAAACUGAAAAGAUGAUACAAAGUGGAACUUGUUUUGGUGCUGAAUUAUUGUUAUCACUGCUUGCAAAUUAUUGUAGAAAUGUUGGAAAUGUUAAAACCAGCAUUAGAGUUGGAAUUGUUGGACUUCCAAAUGUUGGCAAAUCAAGUGUUAUUAAUUCUUUAAAACGUAGUAGAGCGUGUAAUGUGGGAAGUACUCCAGGAGUAACAAAAGCUAUGCAAGCAGUGCAAUUAGACUCUAAAAUAAAAUUAUUAGAUUCUCCAGGUAUAGUUUUUGCUAAUCCUGGAGAUAAUGCAGACGAAUCUUCUGUAGCUUUAAAAAAUGCAGUAAAAAUUCAAUCUCUAAAAGAUCCAUACACACCUGCAACUGCUAUUUUGAAAAGAGUUUCCAAACCACAAAUAAUGGAAAUGUAUAAUAUAACGGAAUAUUCAACGCCUGAUGAAUUUUUUGCUUUAAAAGCUACCAGAAUGGGGAAAUUCAGAAAAGGUGGAGUACCUGAUACAAUAGCAGCAGCUCGCAGUAUUUUGGAAGAUUGGAACUCUGGAAAAAUUAGAUAUUAUACUGUUCCUCCGGAACAACCGGAUUGUCACGUAUCCGCAGAAAUAGUUAGCCAAGUCAGUAAAGAAUUCGACAUUGAAAGUUUUGCUGCACAAGAAAAAAUGAUGCUUGAUAAUUUCGAGGAAGAAUCUUUAAAGAAACAAACCACUGAUCCAUUAUUAAUUGAAAGUUCUGGGCCAGUUCUAUCUGCUAUGGAGGUUGAAUUGCAAAAGCAAGCACAAAUUAAAAUUCAGAAUAAACAGAAAAAACAAAUGGAAAAGUCAAAAAAGAAAAUGGAUGAAACGAGAAAAAAGAAAACAGAUCCACUUUUUGAAAUUGAAGGUAAUCAGAAAUUAAAUAAAAUGAAUAAAUUGCAAUUUAAAAAAGAAAAGAAAGAACGAGCUAGAAGAGAAAAAGCAGCUAUCAAGUUGGCGGGCCAACUCGAAGAAUUCAACAUCUCAGCAUCUGAUGAUUAUGAUUUUAAUACAGAUUUUGUAGAGAAAUAAAUAUUGUAAACACGUUUUAUUUAAGAUUUAAGAAAAUGUAAAU